AGCUAGGGGAGCUGUUCGAGUUCCUCUCCUCCCAGUCCUGGGCCCUCUCCCCCACCGGCCUGCUCGAAGCCGUUGUCGCCAUCUGCCAGAUGGAGGUGCUGCUCCCGCCCGACAUGGCCGCCCGCUUCCGGGGGCCGCUCGCCCGCUGCCUGCCCUCCCUGGCGCCCCGGGGGGUGCUGGCGGUGCUGGCGGCGGGCCCCAGCGUGGGUCUGGAGCCGCCCAGCAAGGAGGUGCUGGGGGUGCUGGCGGGGCAGGUGGGGCGGAUGGCGGAGGCGGAGGUGGCGGAGGCGGGAGGAGAGGUGUUGGGGCCUGCGGCGGCAGUGGAGGUGGCGUAUGAGGUGCUCCGCUGGCUGCCCGAGGUGGUGGGCGGGGAGGAGGCGGCGGAGUGGAUGGGGGCGCUCAAGGAGGGGCUCCAGCCGCUGCUCUCCCGCCUAGCCCAGGUGGGCCCGGGAGCCGCCCCCAAGCUAGCCAUGAUGCUGCCAUCGCUGGGGCUGCUGCCCCCCGUUGCGGAGGACCAACAGCAAGGGGGGCAGCCUGGGCAGCAGCAGCCGGCAGCAGCAGCGGGGUACGACCCCACCUCCCCCUCCGCCCCCUCCUGCCUCAGCCCCGAGCGCACCGCCCUGCUCGCCCCGCUGGUGGAUGCUAUUGCAGCCGGACUAGCGGCCACUGCUGCUAAUGCUGCGGGUGCUGCUACAGGGGGUAGUGCUGCUGGUACAGCUGCUACCGCCGAUGGCAGCAGUAGCAGUACGGCAGCCGCCCCCCUGCCCUUGUCGUACGACGGGGAGCAGCUGGGCAAUGCGGUGCUGGGGUUGAGUCUGGCAGGGGCGGAGCUGCCGGAGGAGUGGGUGAGCAGCUUCAUGGAGGUGUCGCAGCCGCAGCUGCCGGCCUGCUCCCCGCGUGCCCUGGUCGCCUGCCUCACCGGGCUGGCGCUGCAGGGGGCACAGCCGCCGCGGGGCUACGUGGGGGGGAUGUGGCGGGCGGUGCGGGCGCUGGCGGCGCCGCCGCGUAGGGGGUGGGAGCUGGCGGGGGCGCGGGGUCUGCUGGCGGCGGCGGGGCGGCUGGGUGUGCGGCCGGAUGCGGACACCAUGCAGGCAGUGCUGGACAGUGCGCUGCUGCGGUACCGGGAGAGCCCCGACCCGGAGGGACUGGCGGAGCUGGUGCAGGUGCUCGCCUCCUUCCACUACGUGCCCCGCCCCGGCUGGGCUGCGGAG